AUGCCCCCCACCGUUCGACUCUACAAAUAUAUAGCUGAGCUUGCUUUUUCUUUCUUUCUUUCUUUCUUUCUUUCUUUCUUUUAUGUUUAUAUUUUAUUAACAUUCUUUCCCCUUUUUUUUCUCUCUCUCUCUCCCCUCUCCCUCUUUCUCCCUCUCUCACAAAUGAUCCGUCUUUUCCAUUUUCUCUCUCUCCCACCUCUCUCUCUCCCCAUCUCUCCCUCUCUCAAAUGUUCCGUCUUUUACCUUUUUUUCACUCUCUUCCUCUCUCCCCCUCUCUCUCUCAAAUGUUCCGUCUUUUACCUUUUUUCUCACUCUCCCCCUCUCUCCCCCCCUCUAUCCCCCCUCUCUCUCAAAUGUUCCGUCUUUUACCUUUUUCUCACUCUUUUCCCUCUCUCUCACCCCUCUCUCUCAAAUGUUCCGUCUUUUACCUUUUUCUCCUCUCUUUCCUCUCUCCCCCCUCUCUCCCCCCCCUCUCUCUCAAAUGUUCCGUCUUUUACCUUUUCUCUCACUCUUUUCCCUCUCUCUCACCCCUCUCUCUCUCAAAUGUUCCGUCUUUUACCUUUUUCUCCUCUCUUUACCUCUCUCCCUCUCUCCCCCCCUCUCUCUCAAAUGUUCCGUCUUUUACCUUUUUUCUCUCUUUCCUCUUUCAUAUCGAAUAUAUAUUUCAACAAUGUUCUGUAUUUUCUAAACCCUGUUCUUAAUUGCUACUUACAACCAAAAUAUAAUAUCAGUAAUAAUAAAAAGGUAACUGAAAAUUCUUAUCUAUCUAUCUAUCUAUCUAUCUAUCUAUCUAUCUACUUGAUGUUACUGAAUGCUGAAUCUGUCUUUCUCUCUCUCUUUAUGUGUCUGUCUGACAGUCUCAAUUUGUCCACAUCUAUCUAUCUAUCUAUCUAUCUAUCUAUCUAUUCAAUCUAUCUAUCUAUCUAUCUAUCUAUCUAUCUAUCUAUUUUUUAA